AUGCCACUCGAACGCGACGCUGGAGGCUACACCUUCGUCCGCCAUCCAAGCGACCAACUAACGCACUACAUCCGCGAUUCUUUCGUUGAUCCAUGGAAACCCGCGGAAACCAUACUAAUACAGCACGGAUUUGGCAGACACGCCGAAUUUUGGUACCACUGGAUUCCAGUGCUUUCACGACAGUACCACGUCAUCCGGCGAGAUCUCCGGGGCCACGGGCGCUCCAGCUACGCGAAGAAAGGUGACAACUACAUCAUUAAUCUAGACACGGUAAUCCACGAGAUAGUGGACACGUUGGACCAGCUAUGUAUUCGAAAAGUGCAUUUCCUCGGCGAGAGCACUGGCGGAAUGCUCGGCGAGAUACUAGCAGCGAAACAUCCAGAGCGCCUCCACUCCCUCACAGUCUGCUCCACCCCAACUCAUCUCCCACCUCCCGCCCUCUCCCUCUUCGCUUUCGACCACGCAGACUGGCCCACCGCCUGCCGCACUCUCGGCGCCCGUGGUUGGACAGAAGCGCUCUCCAAGAUCCCCGGCACGAUCCCUAUCUCAGAUCCCGCUUAUCUGCCAUGGUAUCUCUCCCGUAUUGAACUCAGUGACGGUGAGGGGCUCGCACAGUACGCGGAGUUUCUGAUGGCCCUGGAUGCGCGGCCAUACUUGAAAGAUAUCAAAGUGCCAACGUUGAUUUUGGCACCGCAGAACAGUGCGGCUACGAGUGUGGAGGAGCAGGAGGGGUUGGCGAAGAGUAUUGAGGCGGCGAGGCUGGAGGUUGUAGAUGCGGUGGGGCAUGAGAUAUAUGUGACAGGGGCGGAGAGCUGUCAGAGGGUAUUCUUAGAAUUCCUUGAGGGAUUGAGAAAGUGA